AUAGGCGGGGUUUCUGACUUUGUGGCUAUGGUAACUAGUGAGUCGCUAAAGCGUGAUGAGCCAACCCGGAUAACGCUGUGCCAAUAUGGGACUUCCGAUCACGGCCGGUUGUGACAUUACACGACCCUGGUCUGUUGUGACGCCUCUAGCGCUGCAGUGCCUUAGACUGCUGCGGAGUCGGAGAUUUCCGAGAUUCCAGUUGUUUUGAACGCGAUAUUAGCUGCCUGCAGACGAUUGUGCCUGACUAGAAAUACAGGAACUUUGGUGAGAAGUUGAUGUUGUGCUUUUCGAGAUGAUCAACAGCCUGUUCUUGAUCAACCCUUCGGGGGAGAUCUUCCUGGAGAAGCACUGGAAAAGUGUGGUCAGUCGGUCGGUGUGUGACUACUUCCUGGAAGCCAAAGAGAAGGCUCUGGAACCUGAGGACGUUCCACCUGUCAUACACACCCCUCAUCACUACCUCAUCAGCAUCUACAGGGACAAGCUGUUCUUCCUCUCCGUCAUCCAGACUGAGGUUCCUCCGCUGUUUGUCAUCGAGUUCCUGCACCGCGUCGCAGAGAUGAUCCAGGACUACUUUGGGGAGUGUUCGGAGACAGUAGUCAAGGACAACAUGGUGAUGGUGUAUGAGCUGUUGGAGGAGAUGCUUGACAACGGGUUUCCCCUGGCAACCGAAUCUAACGUCCUCAAAGAGAUGAUCAGACCACCCACCAUCCUCCGAUCUGUUGUCAACACACUGACAGGGACCAGUAACGUUGGAGACACGUUGCCAACUGGUCAGCUGUCGACCAUCCCGUGGAGGCGGGCCGGAGUGAGGUACACCAAUAAUGAAGCUUACUUUGACGUGGUGGAGGAGAUUGACGCUAUCCUGGACCAAUCAGGUACAACAGUGUUUGCAGAGAUCCAGGGCGUGGUCGAGGCGUGUGUCAAGCUGUCUGGUAUGCCCGACCUCACACUCUCCUUCAUGAAUCCUCGCCUCCUUGACGAUGUGAGUUUCCACCCAUGUGUUCGCUAUAAACUCUGGGAAUCUGAGCGCGUCCUCUCCUUCAUUCCCCCUGAUGGGAACUUCACCCUAAUGACCUAUCACGUCAAUGCACAGAAUCUUGUAGCCAUCCCAGUGUAUGUGAAGCAGAGCAUCAGUUUCUUUGAGUGUGGUUCUGAUGGCCGUCUGGACGUGACCGUUGGACCGAAGCAGACCAUGGGGAAGACGGUCGAAGGGGUGAUGGUCACGGUCCACUUGCCCAAAACUAUCCUCAGCAUCAAUCUGACUGCCACACAGGGCAGUUACACAUAUGACAAUGGUACAAAGUUGUUGGUGUGGGACAUUGGAAAGUUGAACCCACAGAAGCUUCCUAACUUGCGAGGUAGUCUGAGUCUGCAGGCUGGAGCCCACAAACCAGAGGAGAACCCCAGUCUGAACAUCGACCUGAAGAUACAGCAACUUGCAAUAUCAGGACUGAAGGUGAACAGGCUGGAUAUGUUUGGGGAGAAGUACAAGCCUUUUAAAGGGGUUAAAUACAUCACCAAGGCUGGGAAGUUCCAGGUGCGGACCUGAAGAGUGAAACCUAAAGGUCAUAGGUCAACUAGCCAACGUGCCUAAUACUCUGGGUCAAAGGUCAACUCUUAGACACGCUGGCUGUCAACUAUUAUGCUCUCUAUUUGUAGUUCAGAGCCAUGAUCGGUCCAUUAUGACAAAUGUCUGAAACUUGUAAAAAGGUACAUGUCACAGCAGACUGUUGUGGCUCUGCACCAGCAAACUAUGAAUUGAGCUUUUUACAUGCCCAGUGUCAACCCUUCUACCUUAUGCCUUUUUAUACCCCUAUACUCCUUCUAUAUUAGGGACAGAGCCUGUAUUAAAUAACUUUGUUGUUUAUUUAAAUGUUUAUUAUUUGGAUGGAAUGGAGUUGUUGGUCUGCGAAGGGAAUUGUUUUGGACAAUCAACCUAUUAUUUCUCCUGUAUCUCGAAUUAAAUAACCUCUACGGAAUCUCACUGUGUUCCAGCACAGCCCACCUCUC